AUGACAUUUUUUGUUUGUUGAUAAAUCAGAGUUCAAGUCGCUUUCUUGAGGAAUUUUCAUCAGGAUAUUUUCUUGGAUAAUUAAGAUAAUGAAACGAAUAUUUUGAUAACUAGCAAAUGAAUAGGAUCCGCUUACCAUGUCAUGGAUUCCCAUUGCAGGUUGUGUGGAGAAUUGUCUUUAGAACUGCUCCCAAUUUUAGAAGAUUUAGAGCUUCCCAAUAAAAUAUUCGAAUUAUAUCAUAUAAAAGUCAAUUUGGAGGAUCAAUUACCUACUGUAGUAUGCCAUAAGUGUUGGGAUAUGGUACACAGUGCUUGGUUGAACUAUUUGAGGGUCCAGAAAGCUCAAGAACAUUUAAAUGAAUUAUUAGAAUCAUUAGUUAAUGUAGAUCCUAUUUGUCAAGAGGAAGACAAUGUUGAUUUCUCAACAGAGACAUCAAAACUCAUUGAUUGUGUUAUUACAAAUGAUCCACUACCACUAGUGAAAAAUGAAAAUCAAAUACAAGCUGAAAAAAAUAUUAAACCAGCUAAAGUUCGAACAAGAAGAUCAUCACAAAAGAAAAAGGAUUCAGUAGAACCUGAAGAAUUAUCAGAAUUGAGCAUAAUUGAGUUCAAAGAAGAUGGAAGUUGUGUUCCAAAAGAAGACUUAUUCGAAUGGAGUUCAUAUCCUUGGAUUUGUUGUGAUUGUCAGCAAACUUUCAGAUCUUCAGAAGAACUUAAAAAUCAUUUUUCUGCAGAUCAUAACCAAGUACCCAAGUAUUCUUGUGCAGAUUGCCAAAAAAUUUACACUAAAUAUAUUGUUUUUCUUAAUCAUGUUAAACUUCAUCAUGUAACUCUGAGAUAUUGCUGUGAUGUAUGCCAUAAAUGGUAUCCUACAGUAAAUGCUGUUGAGAAACAUCGUGUCGAACACAAAGAUGAAACACAAUAUGUUUGUUUGAGUUGUGGAAAAACAUUUAGAAUGCAGUCUGCUUUAGCACUCCAUUCCAGAUCCCAUCUCCCAGCUGAAAUAAAAAAUAAAUACCAGUGUGAUGAAUGUCCCAAACGUUUUGGGACAAAACCAAACCUCAUGGCUCAUAAAAGAAUUCAUUCAGGAGUAAAAGAUUAUACUUGUGAUCAAUGUGGUAAAAGUUUCUUUCAGAAAGGAAAUUUAGACAACCAUGUUCUGACUCAUACUGCAGCAAGACCUUUCCAUUGCAACACCUGCAAUAAAUCAUUUAAAACAUUAGUUAGGCUCAAAAAACAUUCUUCUGUACACUCAGGAUUGAAACCCCAUAAAUGUGACAUUUGUGGACGACAGUUUAGAGAACGGGGAACCUUAAAGGAGCAUCAUAGAAUUCAUACAGGGGCAAUGCCCUUCACAUGUGAGUUUUGUGGAAAGAACUUCCGAUUCAAAGGUGUCUUAACCACACAUAGGAGGCAACAUACAGGUGAACGUCCAUAUUCUUGCCACGAGUGCCAGCAUCAUUUCACAAACUGGCCCAAUUACAACAAACAUAUGAAAAGAAGACACGGUAUAAAUACCAGUGUUACAGUCAGAAAACCACAAAGUAUUCCACCUACAGGUAUGCCAAAUAGAAACCCUCCAGGUACAGUUUUAGCACAACCUAUAAGCAUUCCUGAGUCACAAGAAACGACUUUUGUUGAACAGCAUCAAACAACUUUUUUUCCAGUAUUAGGAUUAUACAAUAUAGCUGAAGACCUAUUACAGCAACAAAGAGUUUAGUGAAAAUUGAAUCAUCACAAACAUUUGAGAAGUGCAUUUAAUUCAGUUUUCAAAGGAAUAAUCUUGCUAUUUUACUAAGGCUGAGAUAAACCAAGGUUUAACAACUAUUUUUCAAUGAGGAAUUCUCUCUAAUUACGCCAUUGAGGUGAUUUGAGAAACAUAGUGGUUCCUUGAAAAUCACCAGCAACAAGACAUUCUUUGACAGUUGUAAGUGCCCCUUCCAUCUCAUUCGCAAGACCUACCUCUCUAUCUUAGGACCAGUUCAUAUCCAUGAAGAGAACACAGUUUAAGGGGCUCUGUUGCCAUUUUUGUACAAGAAAGGAUAUUUAAAAAAUGAAUUUGGACAGUUUCAGCAACACCAACUUGAUUGCUUUUACCAUUGAUCCUACUUUUUUUUUCAUGAUUAAUUAAUUAAUUAAGAAAUCAUUGAAUUGAUAGGAAGAAUCAGUGGGUUCAAUGGUUCUGACUAUUCACUAAUUAAUGCUUAGACUAAAUUCAUCAUCAUGAACCUCAUACUGAAGAAUGUACUUCAACUUCUGUGUUGAAAUACUCAAUAUGAAUAGCAAAAAUUGAAUAUU